AUGGGCAGACUCAAAGAAUUCACAGAAUUAGUAUACAGAUUAACCGGGGAAAAAUAUGUGCAACGAACACCCUUCAGGUUGCCAGCAACUUUUUCUGCAAAUCGAACCAUCUCUUUUAAUAUAUGGACAGAGCCGGAAUAUACUAAAGAAACGAUUACUGCUGAGCAAUUAUCCAAAUUGACUAAUCGUUGGAGAAAGCCAAAAAUCUAUAACCCCAAAACAAAUCGCAUGAUUGCAAUCGAUGGGCCAACAUAUAAUAAAUUGAUACGUGAUGGAUAUGUGCAUUGGGAAGAAGAAGAACUCUUGAUCCCUCCAUCACCAUUUGAGAAUUAUAUUAACGAAGCAAGCACAGACACGAAGUGA